GUUAAAAUGUUAUUGGAAAUUAGUAAACCUAUUCAAGAAGAGACAUACACUUCACUGUGCAAUCCAUAAAAUCUAUGUCUAGAUAUCAUAUAAAUACUGUCAAAGUAUCAAAAUACUUUUGAUAGAGCGCCAGAGAUAAGUGGGACAGAGGAGAUUUGUAAAAUAUAGGACCUUCAGUAUAGCACUGAGGUCAUAGUGGUGGUUUCAAACUGGACUGCAUUAUUUUGAGCAGUGUAUAUUCUGAUACAAAAUAUUAGAAACACCUCUCGUCCAGAAACAUAUAACUGAAUUUACAUGAUCAUACAUGUAUAAAUUAAAAUAUAUGUUUUAUUAAACAACAAAAACUGAAGAUUAUAAACUUUGUAAGAUCAUUAGAUUAUACAGAUGUACCUAAUAAAGUGGCCACGAGUGAGUCCAUUUUAGCAAUAUUUAGAAUAUCAGUUAUAUUUUGUACACAAAAGUGCUAAAAUCUGUCUGCUUCGCAUCAUUUAUAAAGUAAUUAGUGGUUAUUGUAUAGAUAUGUAUCUCACCCUGGGUAUAUAUUUUCAUUAUAAAAAUGUCGUUUGGUCAACACCACUAGCAGAUAAUCUGAUUGAGUAAUUAAUAAACUAUUGUCAGGUUAGGACCACAAAUAAAUUCAGCAUGUCCUUGCAGUAAUCUGAUUAUAAAGGUGCUGUGAAGCCAUUGUGGAGGGUUAAUUAGUAAUGUGAAUGUGGAAUUACAGCAGCCUUCAUUAUGUGUAUAUAAGUCUCUACAUUUCUGUAGAUAUUCAGUUAUUACGUUGUUUGUAAUCAGUAGUCAUAUCAAUUUGUUCAGUGUAGUAACAAAUACAGAGUAGAAAGUGGGAAUUUGUCUUGAAUGCAAUGUAUUUAAAUUCGGCUGCAAUAUUUUCAUGCAUUCCAUCACUUUUUAUGACUGUGCCAUUACAGUUCAAACAACAAGUAUGAAUUUGGAUCUGGCCAAACCUGAAGCCAAGAUUGGCAACAAAGCUCCCCUCAGGGCUACCGGCCCUGAAUCCGGCCCACCCCAGUUUAAACAGAGGAGCAGGCGCCAGUUCAAGAGCAAGCCUCCCAAGAGGGGCGUAAUUGGCUUUGGAGGGGAGAUCCCAGGAAUGGAAGGGCUUGGCACUGAUAUAACCAUAAUCUGCCCAUGGGAAGCAUACAGCCAUCUGGAGCUACAUGAACUGGCUCAGUAUGGCAUCAUCUGAGUCUGAUGGAGAUGGAGUUUCUGCACAAUUGACAAAAUUAUGUUUAAUCAAUUGUUUUUUCAAAGAUUUCUUAUUUCAAACUUAGUGUGCCAUGUGUAAACCAUGUUAAUGUGUUGGAAACACGGUAUAAUUUGCAUUUUAAUGCUUUAUUUGUCCCUUUUCAACAAAGAGUAGCAACCAAAACAUAAUCAAAACAGUAAAGUGAUUCAGGCACAUAGCAUGCUACAUCCUGUGCACCUAAAGGAAUAGGGCCAUUUGUUUCAUUUGAUGGGAUCUUUUUCAUUUUAGAGACUUCUAAUUAAUUGUAAAUAGGUCUUCUUGGGCUUUUAAACUUUAAAGGCCCAGUGUGUAAGAUUUGGGGCAUUCUAUUCACAAAAUAUGGAAUAAAAUA